UUGCUUUUUUUUAUUCAUAAGUGAUGAUAGAGGUAAUGUAAACAGACUGCAGCAGACUUGAACCUAACUGGAGACGCGCAGAAACAAAGACGCCCGCCCACACAGGCUGAAGAACAGCGUGUAUAAAACCACCAGACGGUGUUUGCGCGUCUCUCAGCCAGAUCGUCAUGAGACACCGACGCGGAGCCUGCGGAGGAAACGCGCUCCUGGAGACGACUCCUUCUACCGCAGAGGUGGAUUUUACCCGCAGAGAAACAUGACUUCAGCUUCACUCAGUUGUUUCCCUUCUCUGGUUUCUGCAAGAAAAAAAUCAGGACUGAAGAAGAAAAUCUCGUUGCCUCCUUUGAUGAUGGGCCCCUGGAGCUUUAGACUUCACAGAUGUUAGCGGUGAGCCACUUCAACUCCUCAGCCUCCCUGUUCCUGCCUCGCCUGGUAAAUGGAGGAGUGGGGGAAAUGGAAACCAUGGUGACAACUUUAGGGCAGCAGGAAAAUGUUACCUUUGACCAGAACCAAACCAGCGGCACCAUCGUUGUUGCCUUGUCCAUGUCUCUGGGCAUCAUCUCCAACAUUGUGGCUCUCUUCAUCCUGGUGAACGCUUACUCUCUGCAGCGCCGGCGCUCCAAGGCUACAUUCCUCCUGUUUGCCACUUCUCUGGUGAUCACAGACUUCUUCGGCCAUGUGAUUCCUGGCGCCCUGGUUCUGAGACUCUACCUGAUUGGAGGUGUGAGCCCUGAGGACUUUGACUCCUCUGAUGGCAUGUGUCAGUUCCUGGGUGGCAGCAUGGUGUUCUUUGGCUUGUGCCCGCUCUUUAUGGGAUGUGCCAUGGCUGCGGAGCGAUGCUUGGGUGUGACCAAACCACUGCUGCACUCAUCCCUGGUCACCAAGACGCGCACCAAGCUGUGCCUAUCUGCCAUCUGGCUGGCAGCUCUGUGCGUGGCCUUGCUGCCCUGCUUCCAGCUGGGUUCCUACACCUACCAGGAACCAAAAACCUGGUGCUUCAUCAACGUGCUCAACGACACAAAGGAAGUGGACGUGGCGUUUGUGGCGCUGUUUUCUGGACUCGGUUUGGCUUCACUGGCCGUGGCAAUGGUGUGUAACACCAUUAGUGGAUUGACGCUGGUGCUGGCCCGGAUCAGGAGGCAGCCCGGCUCCCAUCACUCAGCCAAGUCUCAUGACAUAGAGAUGGUGGUGCAGCUGGUUGGCAUUAUGGUCACCUCAUGCAUCUGCUGGAGCCCCCUGCUUAUCUUUGCUCUGAUGUCCGUGAAAAGACCAGCGAGCACAAAUUCAAGAAGCUACCAGACCCUGAUGCACAUGGGAGUGAGGCUGGCCGGGUGGAACCAGAUCCUCGACCCAUGGGUCUACAUCCUGUUGCGUCGCACCGUGCUCCGAAAAAUCUACCUCAUUGUGAAGUGUCAGGCUGGAAUGAGGGGAUCGAUGAUGGGCCGCUGGGAGAAGAGCUCCUUCCCAAGCUUGGAGCAGAAGGAGGUGAGUCAGGUCUGACUGAGCACAGCUGGUUGAACAUUGUCGGAGACAGACUGGUCAAAAACAGUAUCAGGAGCAAACUGUGAGGCUGUGAUGACCUGACAAAUGGAAGCUAACUAUGGCUUUGAUUUUGCACAAAAUAUAACAAAAGCUUCAUUGUUUACUUGCAAUACGUGAACAUUCCUUAUUAUUUUAAGACACAUUAUGAAAGGGCAUGUGUGUAUCUGUGCUUUGUCUCCAAGAGCUCAAAGGGUUGCAGAAGAGAUAUUUAUGUAUGGGAUGAAAAUGUCUUUUUUAAACCCUCCCACUGUCUUCAUGGGUGACCCCGCAAAGAAGGUUGUUUAUUGAGCAGGAUUGAUGGUUUAUCCCUUGAGGUCCACGUGGCAGGGGUGAGGAGUGAGCACCACCUGCCACGUGGACCUCAAGGGAUAAACCAUCAAUCCUGCUCAAUGGUCAACUUUGCUGGCGGGGACACCCAUGAAGUCAGUGGGAGGGUUAAGCCAGCUGCAUCAACAUCAGAGGAAACUUCAAACUCCCAAACUUUACGUGUUUUGCUGAUGCUAAAAAUUCUGCUGAAUGUAAUUUAUUAAGGAAUGUAAAAGUUUUUUUUCUUGUUUUUAUUUUUUUAAAUCCCGGGGCGAUUAUGCAUGUUUGUGUGUUAAAGCAAACGUUCUGUGUGUUUACAUGUGAAGUUAGGUAAGAGUUUAUAAGUUCAUACUUGAACGUUACUCUCAGUGCACUGAGGGCGUGUAAAUUGAAUGUAAAUAAUAAAAAGUUCUUUUAAUCAAAAGAACUGUGGUUUUUUUUUUGACUCCUCUGUUUUGAAACAAUAAAACUUGAAUGGUUCAUAAAUAUUUGAUCUUAUAUGACAAAAUGUUCCCGUAGUUAUCGGCAGAUGUCAAAGCCAUCGUUAUUUAUGUUAAAAGCUCCAAUUGAAUAUCUGCAAACAAGCUAGGUUUUAAACGCAAAAAACGAUCACAGAACAGUCACGCCUCCAGUCGGGCAUCUUCUCUGAGACACUUCUACUGGAAACAGAAGCCCACAUUGUCAGAGGAAACGAGAUUGCGCCAAACACCAGUCGCCGUUUUCUAGGUCCAAAUAUCUUUUGUUGUCCGUGAAUUGAAACGGUGAUUUUCUUUUUGGGAUUCUGGUAGUUUGUCCUAAAGCUGAAGUGGUAGCAGCUGGCUGUUUCUCCUUCUCUGAUGUUACUGAGCGGAGAACCUCUCACACCAGUGGUGCUCUGGUGCUGAAUACGUGAGUGUGUGAUGAGUGGAGGACCCAGGGAAGUGUGGCGAUGCAGUAAUGAGUCUCUCAUGUUGCAGUGAAGGAUUUAUUUCCUGCUCCGCCGAUCACCUGCAAGGAUCGAAUCCCGCUAAACUCACAGCCACUGACUUCUCCAUGUCUGGUUUGAGGACAUCAAUAUGUUAGUAGUUCUACACAUUUUUCCACGUAAAACCUAAAAUAACUGUUGCUGCAUUUGGAAAAUAAGCACGUUUUUGGCAUCAGAAUGCAUCAUUAAAAUUCACAAACAUUAUACGUGAAAUCCAUGGCAGAUAUAUGCUGCACGGUGGUGCAGUUGUUUUCACUGUUAGCUCACAGCAAGAAGGUUGCAGGUUUGAAACCCGGUUUCAGUCUCUCUGCGGGGAGUUGCAUGUUCUCCCCAUGCAUAUA